UUUCUAUAGUUUUUCACUCAUUUAUAGUUUUCAUAAUAUUUUUUUAAAUUCAAUUUAAGUGUUAAAAAAAUAAUUAUUAUUAUAUAAGCUAAUAAAUUAAACCAUUUCAAUUCCAAUAAUUUAAAACUAUAUUUAAUUCUAUUAAAAAUAAACACAAUAAACUCGCGCUACACAUACGCGCCUGAUUUUAAAUAGUAAUUGUUAUACGUUUGUUUGCAUUAGUUGUAGUUCAACACGAACUUCAAAGGUUGGCACUGUUCAUUCGUCUAUCCGGGCGGUGAUUGGGCCGACGCGGAGUACUCUGGCAGACAUUAUCGUAAAGUUGAGAUUUUAGGGCACAACAAACCGAUGACGAUGACGACCCUGGACAAUAAGACAGCCUCGCAACCUCGCUGGCAGGCCAGGGGCUUCUUGAAGAGUGGCGUCUGGGUGGGCCUCAGGAAGUUCGCGGACGAUCUCUACUGCAGAAGGGAUUUCACGUCAAGGCAGUACAGCAGCAUGCCCAUCAACGAGAUGGACUAUCUGGAUAUGGUCAGCAUCGAUAAACGUUCGUUCAACAUCUGUUUGUUUAACAUCUGUUUGUUCAACAUCUGUUCGUUCAACAUCUGUUCGUUCAACAUCUGUUCGUUCAACAUCUGUUCGUUCAACAUCUGUUUGUUCAUUGGGAUAUUCAAUCCAUUGGGGAAGAUCAUGCCGGUGUCCACACCAUCACUAAGUAACUGUCAGAUGUGCUGCUGUGUGUGCUGCAAUAUUAAUUCCUCAUCCGAAACUUCUAAUGACGGAAUGAAUUAGUUAAUGACUGAAUGAAUUAAUAUAUGUAUGCGUGAAUGAAUGAAUGAAUGAAUGAAUGAAUGAAUGAAUAAACGAAUAAAUGAAUUAAUUAAUUAAUGAAAAAAUAAAUUAUAUCGAUAAGAUAUUUGGUAGAGAUAUAUUAACCGAGACUGUUCUUUCCAGCCUUCUAGCAUCAGUUGUUCUGUGGUUUGAGUAAUAAUUGUGUACGAUUUGGUGGCAGUUGAUUUCAUUUGUUUGAAGAAUUCAUUUGUUGCAGUU